UAAACAUGAAUGCGUCCUGCAGGCUGGCUUUAGUUUCAGUUUAAUCAACCUCGUUUUAUUUGCGUGUUUUAGGUCUGUCGUGUGCCGUUAGGAAUUGAACUACGAAUAACUGCGAAUAAAUUUGCCUGCGUUCUGCACUGCAGCAGAGCUACGGCUUCGGUUAUGACCUCGUCCAUACUCCCGUUCAGCUGCAGACUGUGUUCAUAUCGCAGCCUAACCUCUAGAACUUCAGGGGGACCAUGGAAUAUUUGCGCUUCUGCAAAAGAGCAAGAACCAAGAGCUGCAGGCUUGUAUCGGAGGAGCUUUUGUCCAGGUCAAAGUUCAGCAGCUGCUCCAAAACAAGCUCUUCUCAGCGGCCCUUGGUGGAAUGGCGUCCGUGGCUUGUUUGGCGGCGGCGGCGGUGCCGUUGACAGGCAGCAGACUCUGGAGGACAUCGCCGAAAACAUCCGAGAGUUGAAGUGCAGGCGGGUGGUGGUGAUGGCCGGAGCGGGGAUCAGCACGCCGAGCGGCAUCCCAGACUUCAGGUCCCCAGGCAGCGGCCUGUACGACAACCUGCAGCAGUAUGACCUGCCCUACGCCGAGGCCAUAUUCGAGAUCGACUUUUUCCACCACAACCCGAAACCCUUCUUCGCCCUGGCCAAGGAGCUGUACCCGGGGAACUACCAACCCAACCUGGCGCACUACUUUGUCCGUCUGCUUCACGACAAGGGUCAACUUCUCAGGAUGUACACACAGAAUAUCGACGGCUUGGAGAGAUUGGCAGGGAUUCCUCCUGAGAUGUUGGUGGAGGCCCAUGGCACAUUCGCCACCGCUACCUGCACCGUCUGCCGAAGGAACUACGAGGGCGAGGACCUCCGCCCAGAUGUGAUUAGGGGGACGGUGCCCAAGUGCCCGACCUGUAAAGGAGUGGUGAAGCCCGAUAUCGUCUUUUUCGGAGAGCAGCUCCCGCAGAACUUCCUCAAGUACAUGAGGGACUUCCCUCUGGCUGACCUGCUGAUCAUCAUGGGGACCUCACUGGAGGUGGAGCCAUUUGCCAGUCUGGCAGGAGCUGUGCGUGGAUCUGUACCUCGCCUCCUCAUAAACAGGGACCUGGUCGGACCCUUUGGGUUGGGAGCCACCCGGCCGAAUGACGUGGUUCAGCUGGGGGACGUGGUCAGUGGCGUGCAGGCCCUGGCCGAUGCCCUCGGUUGGACUCGGGAGCUGGGGACCCUGAUGGCUGCCGGCACUGGAAAGGUGGCGGGGCCCACAGAAGACUGAGACCAGCUUGGACAUGACUUCAUACAUGUUCCAGGGUUAUGUGGGUCAAUCAAGUUGCAUUUUUUUUAUAGCGCUUUUCUAGCUGCAACAGCCACUCAAAGCGCUCUCUCUCAAGACAGACAACGUGCAGUGGUCGUGAAAAACCUAGAAAUGUCAUUGAAUUUGAAAUGUAGAAUUUUGGAAAAGUCACGGGAAUCCAACUAAAGCAGCAUGAACUCAUUGACCAAUUAAACAAAAAAAACAGCUGGGUGAACCAUUACAGUUUGUCUGGGUAUGCUAACACGUGCCUGCGCUGGCUAUCUCUACCAGUUAGCUAGCUAGCCUGUCAACAGUUUCAACCAUCUGACUUCAGAUGGACAAGUUCAAAAUAUGGCUUGCCAAAGAUGUUGAUGGUAGAGUGGCCGUAAUCAGUAUGUGAAAUAUAGACUCGAUGCUCACAUCAUAAAUACAUUAAAACACACCUUUCAGUGGCAGUUAUAAAGAAGAGUUUCUUCUGGUCAUGGAGAUUAAGCUGCAAGUUAUGGAGAAGUGAGAAGGUGUAUGAGCUGUGAUGGAGGUGGGCAUCUGAGAAGGUGUAUGAGCUGUGAUGGCGGUGGGCAUCUGAGAAGGUGUAUGAACUGUGAUGGCAGUGGGCAUCAUGUCUCAUGCCAAUGGCGACUCAUACUGGCACAGAAAGAAAUUAUGAAAUGUCAGAUGUUUUGUGAUUUUCUUCAUUUGAUUAGGGAUGUUUUCUAAUUGGUAUCAAAUAUCAGGGAAAAGUAGAUUGUUUCUGAAUUAAAGCUUU